AGGAAAUAAUCUAAAAGAUUAGAGCAAAAAUAUAAGAAUUAGAAACUAAAAAAAGAAAACCAAUAGAAGAGAUCAAUGAAACCAGGAGCUGGUUUUUUGAAAAAAUCAACAAAAUUGAGCUCUCCACCCAACGGCCACCCUGCCACCAUCAUGGACACAAGUUGUGUGCAGCCCUUCAAGCUGGCUAGGGUCACCAAAGUGCUGGGCAGGACCAGUUCUCAGGGACAGUGCACACAGGUGCCUGUGGAGUUCAUGGACUACACGAGCUACUCUAUCUUCUGCAAUUUGAAAGGCCCCAAGCAUGAGGGCAACAUUCUCACCCUUUUGGAGUCAGAGCAAGAAGCUCGGAGGUUGUGCUGA